AUGGCCUCCCGACCGACCGUUACCGUUAUCGGCGCCGAUGGCAAGGCCACCGGUGCCACUGAGGUCCUUCCCAAGGUCUUCAGCGCCCCCAUCCGCCCGGAUAUUGUCAAGCACGUCCACACCGGCAUGGCCAAGAACAAGAGGCAACCCUACGCCGUGAGCGAGAAGGCCGGCCACCAGACCUCGGCCGAGUCGUGGGGCACUGGUCGUGCUGUUGCCCGUAUCCCCCGUGUGUCCGGUGGUGGUACUCACCGUGCCGGCCAGGCCGCCUUCGGUAACAUGUGCCGUGCCGGUCGCAUGUUCGCUCCCACGAAGGUCUGGCGCAAGUGGCACGUCAAGAUCAACCAGGGCCAAAAGCGCUUCGCUACCGCUUCCGCUCUUGCCGCCUCUGCCGUGGCUCCCCUCCUGAUGGCUCGCGGCCACCAGGUUGCUACCGUUCCCGAGGUCCCCUUGGUCGUCGACUCCUCCGCCGUUGCCGGUGAGGCUCUCGCCAAGACCGCCUCUGCCCUCGGCCUUCUGAGGGCUGUCGGUGCUGGUCCCGACGUCGAGAAGGUCAAGAAGUCAAAGAAGCUCCGUGCUGGUAAGGGCAAGAUGAGGGGCCGCCGCUACCGCCAGCGCCGCGGUCCUCUGGUCGUCUACAGCCCCGAGGCCGAUGGCAAGGAGCUCGUCAAGGGCUUCCGCAACAUCCCCGGUGUCGAGACCUGCCCUGUCGAUGCCCUCAACCUUCUCCAGCUUGCUCCCGGUGGUCAUCUCGGCCGCUUCAUCAUUUGGACCUCAGCUGCCAUUAAGCAGCUCGACUCCGUAUACGAGAGCAAGAAGGGCUUCUUCCUGCCGUCCAACGUCGUUGCGCAGGCGGAUCUCAGCCGUCUCAUCAACAGCACCGAAGUCCAGAGCGUCCUCCGUGCGCCCAAGGGCGAUGCUCGCACCAAGCGCGGUGCUGUCCAGAAGAAGAAUCCGCUCCGCAACAAGCAGGUUCUUCUCCGUCUUAACCCGUACGCGUCAGCAUUCCAGAAGGAGAAGCUGGGUGAGGUUAAGGCUGAGGAGGGCAAGCCCAAGCCGGUGCCGGCUGCCUUCAAGGAGCAGCUGCACGAGGUUUAA